UUGCGACGUUGGUUAUUUUCAACUAAUCAUAAGGACAUUGGGACCCUAUAUUUUAUGUUUGGUAUUUGAUCAGGAAUGGUUGGUACUGCAUUAAGUUUACUUAUUUGAGCGGAGUUAGGACAAUCUGGAAGUUUAAUUGGGGAUGAUCAGAUUUAUAAUGUUAUUGUUACCGCUCAUGCAUUUGUUAUAAUUUUUUUUAUGGUCAUGCCUAUUAUAAUUGGAGGAUUUGGAAAUUGGUUAGUGCCUUUAAUAUUAGGGGCCCCAGAUAUGGCUUUCCCUCGUUUAAAUAAUCUAAGUUUUUGAUUUUUACCUCCUGCACUAACUCUUUUAUUAGUAGGGGGGGCAGUCGAAAGCGGGGCUGGAACUGGGUGAACUGUUUACCCUCCGUUAUCUGCUGGAAUUGCUCAUGCUGGAGCUUCUGUAGAUUUAAGUAUUUUUUCUUUACAUCUUGCCGGUAUUUCUUCUAUUUUAGGGGCAGUAAAUUUUAUUACUACUAUUAUUAAUAUACGAUCUAAUGGUAUAACAUUAGAUCGUAUUCCUUUAUUUGUAUGAGCUGUAGGUAUCACAGCACUUUUACUUCUAUUAAGUUUACCAGUAUUAGCUGGAGCUAUUACUAUACUAUUAACUGACCGUAAUUUAAAUACUUCUUUUUUUGAUCCUGCUGGAGGGGGGGAUCCUAUUUUAUAUCAACAUUUAUUUUGAUUUUUUGGUCAUCCUGAAGUUUACAUUUUAAUUCUUCCUGGGUUUGGGAUAGUUUCGCAUAUUAUUAGUCAUGAGAGAGGAAAAAAGGAAGCUUUUGGAACCUUAGGGAUAAUCUACGCUAUAUUAGCUAUUGGGGUCUUAGGAUUUGUAGUUUGGGCUCAUCAUAUGUUUACUGUAGGUAUGGAUGUUGAUACUCGAGCCUAUUUUACCGCAGCUACUAUGAUUAUUGCAGUUCCGACAGGAAUUAAGAUUUUCAGAUGAUUAGGAACACUUCAUGGUACACAAUUAGUAUUUUCUCCUUCUCUUUUAUGGGCUGCUGGAUUUGUCUUUUUAUUUACAGUCGGGGGUUUGACCGGGGUUGUUUUAGCUAAUUCUAGAAUUGAUAUUAUUUUACAUGAUACUUAUUAUGUUGUUGCUCAUUUCCAUUAUGUUCUUUCUAUGGGAGCUGUAUUUGCUAUUUUUGCCGGGGUUGCUCAUUGAUAUUCUUUAUUUACAGGAUUAACUUUGCAUAGAACAUGAUUAAAAAUUCAUUUUUUAAUUAUAUUUAUUGGUGUAAAUCUUACUUUUUUCCCCCAGCAUUUUUUAGGAUUAGCAGGAAUGCCUCGACGAUAUUCUGACUAUCCUGAUGCUUAUAUAAGUUGAAAUGUAGUAUCUUCUGUUGGUUCGAUGAUCUCUUUCGUUGCAACUUUAGGUUUUAUUUUUAUUAUCUGGGAAUCUCUGAUUAGCUUACGACCUGUGCUUUUUGCUACACAUCUCUCUACUUCUAUUGAAUGACACCACUCUUUUCCUCCAGCAGAACAUAGUUACAAUGAGUUAGUUUUUAUUUCACAAU